AUGAAAGGCUUUCUUUCCUUUACUGCCCUUGCAGUCAUUUUGCUGGCGCACAGCUCCCAGGCAGUCUACGUUCAGGAUGGAAACUUGAGAUUCUCCCUUGAGUCUGUGAAGAAGCUAAAGGAGCUUAUGGAUGAGAAUAGGCACAUUAACCCUCGCAUGGUGGUUUCAAUGGCUGGCUAUUCUCCUUGUGAUGAAAAAGAUCUCCCUCAAGAGUUCCAAUCUGUGUGCAAAAGAGAAGAUGCACCCGUAAUUUUUAAGAGGCUGAACAUGGCUGUCCAAGACACUGAUUUGUGUGAAAUCUGUGCCAAUGCUGCCUGCGCUGGUUGCUUUUGA